CGAGGUAUCAGCAAGAUGAAGACCGCUCUAUUGAUUCUCCUGUCCGUCUCGAUGGCUGUCGCCGUUACGGAGAUCCAAAAGUCCCCCGAUUCCAAGCCCAAGGAUAAACGCGGUGUCUCAGCUUUCGGAGUCCCAGGAUACGACGUCUUCGGAGGAACUCCAGCCUUUGGAUCCACCGGAUGGGCGCCUGUCGGCUACGCCGCUGAUGGAUGGGCCAGCCCUGACGCAGCUUUGGGUCAGAUUCAGCUGCAGGCAACUCACGACAUCGCUCUCCAAGCGUUGAGAGAUCUCCCGAUGGGUACACCGAGCAUCGCCUAUCCGCCGGAAGUGAUCCGGGCGAUCCAGCAGGCGAAGGAUGCGAGUCGCAACGUCCUUGUGGCUCAGCAAAGAGUCGCGGAUGCCAAACAGGCUGCUUAUCUUCAGCAGAAGAUCGCCAUCGCCAAGGAGGCGAACGCCAGAGAGGCGGCUCACAGGUCCCAGGAAAUCGCAGCCCAUGCUAUAGCCGAGGCCAGAGCCAGUGCCAGACAGCUGGUUGCUUCCCAGCAGAGACUCGCGACCCUGAAGGACGCGGUUGCAGCUGCCCAAAGAGUCGCUGCGGCCAGAGAAGCCGCCGCUGCUGCAGCCAUCCAGAGAACAGCCACUGCCACAGCCGCGGAACUGAAGAAACAAGACGUCGAUAAACAGAUUAGUAUCAGUGAAGAAGAAGCCAGGCAAAAGGACAUCGUUGCAGCGAAGGAAAAUGCCAUCGCUAACGCACUGCAACAUGCAGCGGCAGAGAAACCGUCGUAUCCUCCAUGGGGAUAAUCGAUGCUCCGAUGUACUGAUCGGAUAAGAAAUUAUUCACAAGUUAAAAAAAUACUUCAAGAGACUGCUGAUUAUACGCAUUCAAUGUAAUCAACCUACUUAAUAAUUACCAAUACAAGCUAACAAUAAGUGG